CAGCCAGCCAGCGAACUUCACGUAACUAACUAACCUUACUACCGUAACGUAACCGGCUCAAUCGAAGAUAUCCGUGACACUACUGCAACCCCCAUCUGUCGCAACCGCACCAGAAACCAGGCAGCUGAUUAGGCUGGCCAUUUCAUCCCAGUUUCCUUUCACGCCGUCGCAUUAUCGCUUGGUUUUAUUAUUUAUUUUCCAUCUACACCACACUGUGGACUCCUGCCGACCACCGCCGCCAUGUCCUUCGACCAGCUCUCCUCCAUAGAAUCAGGCGGGGCCGGCUCCUCCUCCGCCCGCCGCCACGGCGGUAACCAGGGCGGCUACUCGGACUCGCCCGAGUUCUCGCGCCUGUCGCAAACCCUCAUGAACACCCUCUUCCACCUGCAAGGCAACAACGCCAAGCUGCGCACCGAGAUCAACCGCCUGGGGUCGCGGCAGGACAACCCGCGGCUGCGCGAGCGCGUGCAGGCCCUGCUCGAGGAGUCGCGCGACAAGUUCAAGGACAUCGGCGAGGGCGUCAAGAAGCUGCAGUCCUCCUGGGGCCCCGACGACGUCACCCCGACCCAGCGCUACUCCCAGCAGAAGCUCGCCCGCGAGUUCGCCGCCUCCCUCAAGGAGUUCCAGACCCUCCAGCGCACCGCCCUCGAGAAGCUCAACGCCAGCGUCACCGCCGCCCGCGCCGCCCUCGACACCGACGCCCCCUCGGACGCCCAGGCCGACCGCGACGAGCUGCAGCUGCUGCAGCAGCAGGAGCAGGUCCACCUGGCCCCGCAGGACGACGUCGACUUCCAGGAUGCCCUGAUCGCCGAGCGCGAGGAGGAGAUCAGGCAGAUCGAGGAGGGCGUGGGAGAUCUCAAUGUGCUCUUCCGGCAGGUGGCACAGAUCGUUGGCGAGCAGGGCGAGCAGCUCGAGACCAUCGAGAGCAACGCGAUCAACGUGCGUGACGACACGAGGGGCGCUGAUUACGAGCUGAGGAGCGCCGCCCGGUAUCAGAAGAACGCCAGGAGCAAGGCUUGCUGCUUGUUGUUGAUCUUGGCCGUCAUCCUCACCAUUGUCAUGUUGGCUGUCUUCUUGGGUUGAUAUCACGGGGGCGAGCACCGAUAGAAGAGCGUGGUUUGAUGUCGCAUCUGAGGCGUUGGGGAGUUGGCACUGUUUCUGGGCCUUUUGUUCAUGUACACUUACGCAGUCUUGAUGGUAUCCAUGGUACGAUGACUAUUCUGUUCUGUCAAAUCGAGACAUGUCAUUUGUUCAUUAUCUUCCACGGCUUUAAUGUACACUCUAUAUAUCAAAUAUUAUACAGUUCUGACGCAAGUCU